UGGGGAUUCUUCCUGUUUAGAAACUUUAACAUUUACUGCACUUAGUCACAGAGAAACAGACAGAAAUAAAGACGAACACCAGACAGAGACAACAACGUCACUAGAACGUGGAAGGAAAAGUACGGUAUAUCUAUCAGAAGAAUCAGAUACUGUUGAAGAUGUCUGAGGCCAUCUAUGCCAACACACAGAUGAACAAUGAGGUUGAGACUGACAGAGGAGAGAUGGCGGAGAUGGUGGUUGAUAUCUAUGACAGCUCAGACACCCUGAGAGAUGAAGACACCAGAACCACAACACAUGAGACAGAAGACACUGAUCUACAUAAUGUACCAGGAGACCUGAACUCAGAGUCUGAUAACUCAGGGAGGAUAUUCAGAGUUACUACAGUGUGUCUGGGGUUGCUGUGUGUUAUCCUACUGACUGGGAUCAUAGUCCAGUCAGUCAACUAUAACAUAACCAUCAAUAAUUCUGAGAAGAAAUGGAACAACCAGCUACAGACCAGCUACAACAACAUGACUAGAGAGAGAGUCCAGCUACAGACAAUGCUCUCUGUAUUAGAGACACAUUUUCAAGAGGGAUGGAGAUAUUUUGGGUCCAGUUUGUACUUCCUCUCUGCUGAGCAGAAAACCUGGUAUGAGAGCAGACAGGACUGUCAGAGGAGAAAUGCAGACCUGGUGAUAAUAAACAGUGAAGAGGAACAGAAAUUAAUCAGUGGACUUAAAAUGAGAUUCUGGAUUGGACUGACUGACAAGGAUGAAGAGGGGACCUGGAAAUGGGUGGAUGGUACAAAACUGACCACAGGGUACUGGCUUUCUGGACAGCCUGAUAACUUUCAGAGUCAGGAGGACUGUGCUGAGAUAUACAUUUGGGACAAUAAACGUUUAGAGUUAUGGAAUGACUUAAAUUGUGAGACAAAACGCAACUGGAUUUGUGAGAAAAUGCUGAAUAAUCCUUUAACUCACUCUUACUGAUGCUCACUUUUCAACUGUUUUGUCACUCUCCCUCUGUCUGUCCAUCAGUCACCUGUGUUUAAGUUACAAACAUAUUAGCUAAUAAAUAAAAGUCCUGAGAUGCA